AUGACGGACAUUGAACAGCAGGACAACGGCAGACUUGCAAGUGACCGAGGGCUCGAGCGAACGACAACAGAUCCAAAUUUUGGAGAUGCAGAACUGAAUGACUCCAGCGAUAAUGAAAUCACCCAUAAGGAAUCCCGGGCGUCGGGAUCAGGAAGCUCAUUGGCGCUUUCGACAACCCGCGCGUCUCGACGACAAACUGCCCAGUCCGUCCUCUCCAGAGUCCGUUCUAGGCCACCAGUCGGAAAGUUCAGCCACCCUCUUUCCCACUUCAAGACGACCGUUGAAGACCUUGUCGAGUUUGAUGGCGACGCAGAUCCGUAUCGGCCCGUCAAUUGGUCGAUGAAGAAAAAGGUCAUCACCACGGCGCUUUAUGGACUCACUACCAUGACGGCGACCUGGGCUAGCGCCACCAUCAGUCCCGGAACGGCGCAGAUUGCCCACGAAUUUCGCAUCGGCAGCCAGACUGCUACUCUUUCGACGACGCUGUUCCUGUUCGGGUUCGGUCUUGGGCCAUUGUUGUGGGCCCCACUGUCAGAAGUAUACGGGCGCAAGACAGCUGUGCUACCACCAAUGUUUGUUGCUGCUUGCCUAACAUUUGGCUCGGCUGUUGCGAAGGACGUGCAGACGCUGAUGAUCUGCCGCUUCUUUGCUGCCUUCUUCGCCUCAGCACCCGUAACCAAUACUGGGGGUGUGCUGGCAGAUCUCUUCCCAGCCGCUCAGCGAGGUAUUGCGAUUGCUUCGUACGCAAUGGCUGUGGUCAUAGGGCCGGUGCUAGGUCCGAUCGUGGGUGCAGCAUUUGUUGUGACGCCUUCAUUGGGAUGGCGGUGGACCGAAUACUUUUCCGCCAUAUUGAUGCUGGCUAUACUGGCAUUGGACGUUGUCUUUCUGGACGAAUCAUACCCGCCCAAGCUGCUAGUCUACAAGGCCCGUCGACUAAGGAUCCAGAGCGGCAAUUGGGCUCUGCAUGCCAAAUUCGAGGAAUGGGACGUUUCAAUCUCGGAGCUGGCCCACAAGUUUUUGAUACGGCCGUUUCAGAUUCUUUUCACGCCCAUCGCCGCCUCAAUGUGCCUCUACGCAUCGUUCUGUUACGGAAUUCUAUACAUGAACCUGGGCGCAAUACCCAUCAUCUUCGGAGAGCAACGACAUUGGAGGCUCUUGCCAGCCACUCUUCCUUUCGUAUGCCUUGGGAUUGGCGCUUGUCUUGGCGCUGUGAUCAAUAUUGUCAAUCAGCUGCGAUACAACCGCAUAGCGCGUGGGAAAACCAUUCCGGAACUUCGACUUGUCCCGAUGAUGGGUGGUUCUGUGGCAUUUGCAGCUGGAUUGUUCAUUACUGGGUGGUGUGGACCCCCCGGCAAUGCGCCAUGGAUUGCCCCGUGCAUCGGCCUGACCCUCGCCGGCCUUGGGUUUUUCACCAUCUUUCAAGCGGCGAUCAAUUACCUUGUGGAUACUUUUCAACGAUAUGCAGCAUCGGCCGUGGCAGCGAACACGUUCCUGCGGUCGUGCUUCGCGGGCGCAUUCCCAUUGGUGGUCAGCCCUUUGUACCACAAUGUUGGCGUUCCUUGGGGCACGAGUAUUUUCGGCUUCGUUUCCAUUGCUCUCAUUCCGGUCCCGUUCCUGCUGUACAGAUAUGGUGAGCGGUUGCGGGCCAAGAGCAAGUGGUCGAGGGAGUUUGUAAAAGUAUGA